AUGGAGCACCUCGCACGCGACCCAGCUCCUCGAACUCAGGUGUACCACCUGAUGGAGGAAGGAAUGUCGUUCAAGGUCACAGUCACUCUCCAUGCAAGAAGGGUGGAAAAGUGGAUCCGCGCCGUGAAGAGGGACUAUCUCGACAACGCACAAAUCAAGUGCGUCGGCUUGGAUUGCGAGUUCACUAACCAUCACGAGGGUGAUCAGCGUGCCGCCGUCCUUCAGCUCUCGAUUUGCCAUGCUGAUGAAGUGCCACAAGUUCUCAGGGAGUUCUUGCAGGACAGGAACCUCAGAUUUUGCGGCGCGGCUAUCAGCAAGGAUGUGGAGAUGCUGAGUCCGUACGGUAUUCAUAUUACUUCUGCGUACGACCUCCAGAAGAUACUCCCGAAUCCCACAAAUAAUCACAUUCCGAGUCUAUAUGAUCUGACGAAUUCUAUCAUUGGGAUAAAUCUUGAGAAGAAGAAGAAGAGGAAGAAGUACAAGAAGAAAGACGCCGUGCAAGAAAAAGAAGAUGAACUCAUAUUUGGGUGGGCUAAUGUUCCAUUAAGCUACGAGCAAGUGCGCUAUGCCGUGCUGGACGCUCGUCUGGGCUUCGAGAUGGCUAGGAGGCAUUGGAUGCUAGUUGGCUACAAUAACCAUGUUGAUUGUCUCAAUAUUUAG